AUGGACUCAGAACUAUCUCCAUCGGCGCCACUGUCAGAGGCCCCCGUGUCUGAGUUAGCUGUUGAACCUGCCUCAGCAUCAUCUCCCUCCUCAGAAUCUGAGUCAACGUCGUCCUCUCCAUCCUCAGAUGACUUUGACUAUAGACUCGCUGUCUCCUUGUCGUCGUCUGUCUCAUUAUCAUCAUCGUCCAGAACGAGCUCUGAAGGGCCAUUCUCAUCACGGGUGCCCCUAACUCUCCCUCAGCUGCGUGUAGAAGCCUCCCGUCACUCUCUCCCUACAACCGGAGUAGGCACUGAUGGUCUUGCUGCAGCUCCUGCUGGAGCGUCUAGUGGGGCUGGGAUCUGA